AUGCGGCAGUUCAAGAUGCCCUGGGACCGGAAGGACAAGUCAAGCGUGGAGGGGCAAGAGGGCGUCGCUGAAACGGCAUCCGAGGAAGACCCGGAAAAGGAGUUAUCCAAGGUGCUGGUGGCGGACGUGGUAGUGGACAAUAGCAUCAUCCCCAGGGACGUGCUGGCCUCCGCCGCAGUGAAGAGCGGUCUACUCGGACGGGAGGCCUCUGUCGAGAGGAUUCAGGCGUGCGCCAGGAUCCUGAGCGAGUGGUACCAGUACGAGGGGCACAUCUUCUCCGGUGUCGUCAACGCCGCCAUCUCGCCGAACGGAACCGUCGCCUUCAGCGUUAACGAGCCCGUCGUGUCGGGAGUUGAGCCGAUUCAGCUCUCGUACUACAAGACGGCCGACAUCCGAGACCCCAAGAGCGGGUUGUUCCAAGUGGAGAAGGGCAAGAUUAAGGUUAGCCCCUUCCCCAAGGGGCUUGGCCUAAAGGGCGGCGAUCACUUCAAGCUGGACGCUCAGAGGUGGAGAGGCGUUCUCGGGUCGGGGCUCUUCAGCGGGGUACAGCUAUCGGGCGCCCAUCAGAACGCGGAGGACAAGGGCAUGACCCUGGACAUCAACGUGGAGGAGAGGAAUUCAGUCGUCUUCGCGCCCGGGGUGACCAAGACUCUGUUCGAUAGCAACUGGGCGGGCGAGAUAUCCUUCGAGGAGAAGAACGUGCUCGGUCGAAACGGCGUGAUGGGGUUGAAACUCCACCGGUCCAUGUCGUCUCCCUUCACUAGCUUCAGUCUUCGCAUGGGCAACAACCGCUUCGGGCAGCCGGGGGGCUGGCAGCUCUCCUUUUUCCGUGACUGCCUCGCCCCGUACAGCGGCUUUGCCCGUGGCGGCGGCGGUGGCGGCGGCUACGCCAACAACGCCCUAGGCCCAGCAUCGUCGGCCCCAGAUUUUUCCACCGCGUCUCCGGCGGGAGUUCCAAGGGACCUGAGCAUGCUGGCUCGCUCCAUUCAAGGGGCGCAGCACGGGAGGGGUGUAACCGAGGGCGUGGAGGAGGCCUCGGGCGGCGGGAAUUCCACAAGCAAGGGGCACAGGGCGGGGGCGGCGGCGGGAGGCGGUCUGUCUAGCUCCCACGGGGUGUCGCUGUCCUCCUCGUGGCCUUUCGCCAUCGCGAAGGUCACCGCGGCGGCAGGGUACCAGCAGAUAUCUCCGCCUACCAACGUCCUCAGAAAGCACAGCUCCCACCACGACGACACUCUCCCCCCUCCCGCGGGCGGCACCGGUGCCGACCAAGUCGCCGACGGCUCCUCCUCCUCCGCCGGCGGCGGCGGCGUUGCAGAAUCCCGUCGCCGGGGCUUGUGGGAUGACAGCGGGGCCAUGGACCUCUUGACGCUGUCCGGGGGGGUUUCGAGAGACUGGAGACUCCCGGGCGUGCUGCGCCGGCUUGGCGGCGCGGGGCCGUCGACGGGGGCGGCGGCGGCGGCGGCGGGGUCGGUGUCGUCCUACUUGGACGUGAGGACGGGGUGCCUGCUAGAGGGAGGGGCGGCGCCGCGGCCGUUCUCGCACGAGUCGGCUACCUUGGUGCACCGGGUGCCUGUGGGACCCCACGGAAAGGGAGGGUCCUGGAACGUCACCCUCAACGUCAGACACCAGGUGAGGGGGUUCGCCGAGGGGGAACUGGGUCGGGCGAAGGAGUACGCCACCAGCACGGCCGAAGUCAGGGUUCCUCUGCGGAACCUCUUCGGAACCCUCCCGACACAGCAGCGGCGGCGGCACCACGGGUGGGAGACCGUGCGAGGCGCUCACGGUGGAGGUAUCGAGGGAGAUUCGGCCGAGGGUCGACAUCUUGGGCAGCAGCAGCAGCAGCAGCAGCAGCAAUCGGCGGAAAUACUCUCGCCGCCACCGGCAAACGGGGGUGCCGUUGUCGUUGCUGAGGGUGGGGGAGUUCCACCCCUCUCUGCGGGGGCAUCGCCAGCCGCGGAAACGCCCAUUUCGUCGUCGUCCGGGGACGGACAGCUUCCGCCCCCCCCCCCGCCUUCCCUGCCUCGCACGGUUGCGGAUAUGGCGGCUUCGGGGGGGUUCCGAGCGGAACGGGGACAAGGGGUGGGCCUUAGGAUCGCCGAGCUGAUUCAGGUCGACUUCUGCAUUUCCCGCGGGGGCAUGAAACAGGCGGCAACUGUCACCCAGCCGCCCCUCCCCCUCCGUGUAUCUCUCGCUGCCAUCGUUCCACUACGGGCCGGAUCUUGGCGGCGGUGGUGGGCUCGCCAACUACAACUGCUGGCCUCCGCAUGGGCGACCGACUCUUGA